AUGCCGAAUCCCCACUAUCUCCACGCGCCGUUACGGACGUCGCCGUCUUCUUCAUCGUCGGCACAAUCUUUAGCCUCCAAGCUGAUCCUUCUACUCACAGUCCUUCCUCUGUCUUUAGCAGCUUUGGCCUUCGUUCUACAAUGGAAGGGGGACGGAGGAGGACUCCUAACCGACCCGGCUUCCGCCACUGCUCGUUGGGCUCCACAGGGUUCUCAUAACAACCACGAGGUGUUUCCGCGGAUGGAAGCCUCCGCUGCGUCUCUGCUGUCUCCUAAACCACAUCAAUCGUCUGAUUGUUUGAGUCUUGCAAGGAGCGGGUCUCCAUCUUUUCCUUAUUUCCGUGAUUGGAAGUUCGAUUUUGAGGCCAAUCUGAGGCCCAAGGUACUGCCAUCCAGUAAUCCUUUUGAUCCGUGGUUUCAUUGCUCGUGCUUGUUGUGCACAGCCUGA